UUGAUGGAGAACAAGACAGAAGUGACAUGGUUCAUCCUGCUGGGACUCACCAAUGACCCACAUCUUCAGCUUCCCCUCUUCAUUACUUUCCUCCUCAUCUACACCAUCACCCUGGUGGGCAACUUGGGAAUGUUUCUGCUGAUUGUCUUUGACUCUCGGCUCCACACCCCUAUGUACACAUUCCUCAGUAACAUGUCCUUAGUGGAUUUUUGUUAUUCUUCAACAGUCACUCCAAAGGUCAUAGCUGGAUUCCUUUCAGGAGACAAGAUCAUGUCCUACAAUGCAUGCACCUCUCAGAUGUUCUUUUUUGCAACCUUUGCUAAUGUUGAAAACUACCUUUUGGUCUCAAUGGCUUAUGAUCGCAAUGCAGCAGUGUGUAGGCCCCUACACUAUGUCACCACCAUGACAACAGGUGUGUGUGCAUAUUUAGUCAUUUGCAGUUAUAUCUGUGGUUUAUUUAAUGCUUCCAUCUAUACUGUGAAUGCAUUAAGUCUCUCCUUCUGUGAGAUAAAUGUGGUCCAUCAUUUUUUCUGUGACAUUCCAGCAGUAAUGACUGUAUCUUGUUCUGAUAGACAUGCCAAUGAACUGGUUCUUAUUUAUGUAGCCAGCUUUAAUAUCUUUUUUGCUCUUAUACUUAUCAGUAUAUCCUACAUGUUCAUUUUCAUCAACAUACUAAAGAUGCACUCAGUUGCAGGGUAUCAAAAAGCUCUCUCCACUUGUGCCUCCCACUUCACAGCUGUUUCCAUCUUCUAUGGGACAGUCAUAUUCAUGUACUUGCAGCCUAGCUCCCAUCACUCCAUGGAUACUGAUAAAAUUGCAUCUGUCUUCUAUACUAUGAUCAUCCCCAUGUUGAACCCUCUGGUCUACAGUCUAAGGAAUAAAGAGGUGAAGACUGCAUUCACAAAGAUUGCAUUGAGGUCGAAAUAA